CCUCCCCAUUAUUAUGACAAGCAAAAGCUCCUGCGUGUUUCGUUCCGUCUCCCUCGUCUCGUCAAUUAAGCACCUCCCAUCUCCAGCCUCUGCUUUUCUCAGAUCUCAGGUAACUCAUCCCAUCUCAUCUCAUCCAAACUUCCUCUCUUCAUUCCAGUCUGAUCCAAAAACAAAAACCCAAUUCCACCAUGAAUUCCAACUUCGAUUUCGAUCUGGGUCUGGGAUCCAACCGCCCCAGAUCCCUCAACGACCAAAAGAACAAAACCUCCUCCUUCUCCACCCCCUCCCAACCGCCAUCCAAACCCGCCUGGCAGCCCAACAAGACCUCCUGGACCCACCAACCCGCCCCGACCCAGACCACCCCUCUCAACGGCCCCACCUCCAUGGUCGGCGACAUCUUCGGCAAGAGCUGGGCCUCCACCGCCCCUUCGGUCUCCACCACUCCGAUCGCCGUCGUCAACAAGAACCCCAAUCUCUUUGGCGAUUUGGUCAGCUCUGCCAUGGGCGGUAAGGUCAGUACCACCAAUGUUCCUCUCAAAAACGCAACUCCGGCGUCGAAUAAGACCUCGUUUUCGAUGGGAAAUGUGGCUGAUUCACUGCCCAAAUCCACCGCCGGUGCUAGUUCCGGCCAGAGUGGUAUCAAUUGGGGUGGUUCUGGAAGUUCUGGAGGUUAUUCUAGUGGGAUUAAUAGUACUAGUAAGAUCAAUAGUGGGGUUAAUGCUAGUAGUAGUACUAAGAGUCCGAGCCUCGGAGGCCCUUCGCUGCGGAAUAUGAGCGGUGGUGGUGUUGGAGGUGGCGGCAUUGGUUCUAAGAAAGACCCAUUUGGUUCUUUGGUUGAUCUUGCUUCGAAACCAGCUGUUGGUAUUAAGACCACGGCGAGUAAAGGGAGCAAUAAGAGCAGUAUUGCUGAUGAUGGAUUUGGGGAUUUUCAGAAUGCUCCGAAACCAAGCACGGCUAGUGCAUUUCCUGCUGGUGGUAAUAGUUUUAUGGGAUCGGAUCCGUUUUCGGGUUUUGGUGAUUUUGGGACUCCGGCUAAGCAGAAUCCUGUUCAGUCUACUAGCAGUGAUCCGCUUGAUAUGUUCUUUCCGACUUCCUCGGGCUCCGGGGCUGGUUCUGCAGCAGCAAGUAGUGGAGUUGGAGUAGAGCAAUCCUCUGGAAUCGAUGAUUGGGGGACGGAGUUUGGAGGCGGAGUGGAUGAUAUGGGUGGUUCGACAACUGAGCUUGAGGGUCUUCCACCUCCUCCAGCUGGGGUAUCUGCUUCUGCAGCAAAGAGUAAGGGAAUGGAUAAUUACAAGCAAGGGCAGUAUCCGGAUGCUAUCAAGUGGUUGUCUUGGGCUGUAGUGCUUCUUGAGAAAGCGGCUGAUAGGUCUGCCCUUUCGGACGUAUUGUCAAGCAGAGCUUCGUGUUAUAAAGAAGUUGGGGAGUACAAGAAAGCGGUGGCAGACUGCACAAAGGUUCUAGAAAAAGAUGAUGAAAAUGUGUCUGUUCUGGUACAGCGUGCACUCUUGUAUGAGAGUAUGGAAAAGUACAGACUUGGGGCUGAAGAUCUGAGGACUGUUCUGAGGAUUGAUCCUGGUAACAGGGUUGCAAGAGGCACCAUUCACCGCUUGACACAGUUGGCAGACUAGAGGAUUUUGAAAAUCUCGUAAUGCUAGCAUUGAUUCAUUUCGGUUUAUACCCCUUCCCCUCUUACGAUCAUAGAUUCAUGGGGAAUGAUAGCAUUUUACUUGAAUACUUGCAAUUGUGGGUGGUCUCACUUGUACGUGGUUAUCUUGGUUUAUUAUAUGGCUUGCGAUUGGGAAUGAUUCUUUGAUACUUCAGACUUGAGAGUGGUGUUGGAAUAUAGAGAUUGAAGAAUUACACUGUACUUGUUUCCCUAAUGUGGGAAAGCUCUUGUUACUAUGUCUUUGUCGUUCUGUUGAUUAAAGCCAUGUCAGGUGGCUUGUUAGACAUGAGAUGUUUGAGCAAAUGAGGGUUUUGUUGAUAUUUUCUCUUAUUCAUCUGUGCCUCAAGGCCCUCACAUGUUCCAUUUAUGGUUUAUGGAUAUGUUAGUGUUGUU